AUGUAUAUCCUGACGGCCAUCCCCUUCGUCUUUCUACUCAUAUGCUGGUAUGGGAUCGCUGUUCCUCCCAAAAAUUUGCGGCACCUACCUCGUGUUGCGAUCCUUCCUCUUCUUUGGAGCUACCUUACUGGAGAAACCGAAGAUUGUCGGAUAAAGAGGCUCGUCUUGCCCUUCUCCCGGGCUGGUGAACAAGUCGUUCUCGUAUGGGCUCUCGGUCGAUGGAUGGUACAUAUUUUGGAUUACAAGCUCGCCCAAGAACUCAGUGAUAAUGUCGUUCUAUUUCCGAAGGAGACUCCUGACGAUGCGUCCCUGUUGUGGCGUUUCGUUGGUUCUGCUACAUUCAGCGCUAGAAUCCCCAUCGAAGCAUUCACUUCUCUCGCUCAUAGUCUCUCCGCGAUUGUGGGGAAGAGGUGUACUGUGAUUUGGGAUAAAUACGCCCAAUGUUUUGCCCUUGACGCGGUCGGUUCGACAGUCCUAGGCCACAAUUUCGACGCCAUAGAAACGGAUAAUCUGUUCGUCCAAGAUUACAAUGGUGUCAUGGGGGAGAUUGCCGAUCCCUUGUAUCUCAUCUUUCCUUGGAUGGAGCGCACCUUCCCCAGAAGGAAGCUCAUGUGUCGAAUCGACACCUUAGUUGACAGCUUCAUGAAGCUUUUAACUGAUAAGAAGGUGGACCCAGGAGAUGACAUGAUGACCUUCAUGCUCAAAGACCCCGCUAUGUCGCAUCGAGAGCUACGAGAUAACAUGAUCACCCUGUUCAUUGGUGGACAUGAUACCGCCGCAGGGGCAAUUUCCACACUAUUCUAUUUCCUCGCACGGCGGCCUGACAUACAACAACGCGCGCGCGCUGAAGUUCUGGACGUUUUGGGUGACGAUCUUGAUCCAACUGUCGAACAGCUCUCCGGAGUAUCGCUGCCAUAUCUCACCGCGUGCAUCCGCGAAGCCUUGCGCAUCAACACGCCAAUAUCCUACAUUGUACCCCGUCAGGCGAAUCAACCGGUUCAGCUUGGGAAGUACGCUAUCCCCGCGUAUACCUCCUUGAUUGUGAAUAUCUACGCUAUCCAUCACGACAGUGGGCGGUGGGCGUCUCCUGACUCUUUCAUGCCAGAAAGGUUUCUAGAGCGUGGAUGGCAGAAGUCUGGAUGGCUUCCGUUCGCUCUUGGUCCGCGUCAGUGCCCUGCGAGAAAUUUUGCAAUGUACGAACAGAGGGCCCUGGCGGCCGUAUUUCUGCGGGAGUAUGAGUGGACUUUACCGGAGCAGUCUAUCCAUAGGGAUUCGUUGAAGAAUGCGUUUUCGCCCUUUGCUCUAACGUUACCUCAUGAUUUGGAGCUCACGUUCACGCGAAUCGAAAAAGCGGGGAAGAUGUCCCGCAAGUGGGGUAGUUAA